GCCGCUCUGGCAAUGGCGUCUUGUCCAGUGUGUACUUGUAAUUUAGAAUCUCGUCAAAUGCUCAAAACGUGAAAAAAAUCUUUUCCUUUUUCCCCGCGUGUUUUAUUUUCGGAAAAGUAACGCUAUUUUCAUUUGACUAUGACCUAACCUAAAAAAAUUAGAGCUCAGAACCGCCGGAAAGAAACUCCUGGGGCGUUGAGCUCUUUUGGCAUUUCGAUUUUUUUUCGGGCCACGAUCAAUAGGGGCACGAAUUAUUAAUUUAUUGUACUUAUAAAGCAAACUUUUACUUGGGCGGAAUUCACCGUCGAGUCGGUUUUCCAUCUGCGAAGUCUGAGGACAAAAAUCGGGACAAAAUGGCAAAACGCUCAGCAGAAGGCGGAGACACAAGCUCUCAACCUCCGAUAAAAAAAGUUCAAUUUGAACCAAUUCUCAUAGGACCGAUUUCCACCCUCGAGGAAAUGGACAUGAAGGUCCUUCAAUUUCAAAAUAAAAAACUAGCCCAGAGAUUGGAACAGCGGCAUCGAAUGGAAGCCGAACUCCGCCAGAGAAUAGAACAACUAGAAAAACGGCAAACUCAGGAUGAUGCUGUGUUAAACGUCGUUAAUCGAUAUUGGAAUCAACUAAAUGAAGACAUACGAGUUUUACUUCAAAGAUUCGAUGCUGAAACUGCUGAUGAAUCCGAGAAUAAAAAUGAGAGUGAAGCGACAACAUCUUUUCUCAUGCAGCUUUCUUCGUGGGAUAAAGAAGAACUUGACGAUAAAUUGGCCAAUCGCGUUCAAGUUUCGAAACGCGCUGUUUCCAAAGUUGUCCAAGCUUUCGACAGACUCUCUCAAAGAAAUGAGAAAAUUACUCUUGCUCUCAAAGGCGAAUAUGACGGAGAGGAGGCGCCGAAUAUUGACGAAGUCGUGCGUAAAGCUAAUUCGGAGAUCCAAAUGGAAAAUCGAAAUUUGCAAGCAAUUAAUAUUCAGCUGCACGAAAAGUAUCACACAAUAUCACUGAAGAUGUCAGAGCUUCAAGACACGAUAACGGGUAAAGACACUUUGGCAGCAGAGUUACGAAACCAGGUGGACGAUUUGCAAUAUGAACUGAACAAAGUUCGAGCAAGAAACGAUAAAUUGGAACAUCACUUGGGAGAAGCGAUUGAAAAGUUGAAAGCUUUUCAACAGAUUCAUGGAACUGAUGAAAAAGGAAGUAAUAAGCCCAACACACUAGUUGCUUCCAGUGUUUCCCAAACUAAGGUCGAAGACCUCCAGAGAGAAUUAGAAGAGACUCGUGAAUUGGCUAAUAAUAGACUCCAGGAACUUGACAAACUCCAUCAGCAGCAUCGCGACGCCUUGAAAGAAGUUGAGAAACUGAAGAUGGACAUUCGUCAAUUGCCUGAAUCUGUCAUUGUCGAAACUACCGAGUACAAAUGUUUGCAGUCACAAUUUUCUGUACUGUAUAACGAAUCCAUGCAGCUAAAAACCCAGUUGGACGAUGCGAGACAGCAGCUGCAGACGAGUAAAAAUGCUCAUUUACGUCACAUCGAAAUGAUGGAGAGUGAAGAGCUCAUGGCUCAGAAGAAAUUACGAGGUGAGUGUAUUCAGCUCGAAGAUGUUCUCGCACAAUUGCGUAAAGAGUACGAGAUGCUGCGAAUAGAAUUUGAGCAGAAUUUGGCAGCGAAUGAACAAACGGGACCGAUAAAUCGAGAAAUGAGGCAUCUGAUAACUUCCCUUCAAAAUCACAAUCAGCAACUCAAGGGAGAAGUGCAUCGUUACAAGCGGAAGUAUAAAGAUGCUUCAACAGAAAUUCCAAAACUGAAGAAAGAAGUGGAAGAAUUGACGACAAAAUUAGGUCAGCAAAUUGCGCAGGAAAAUAAAGAGGGAAAUAAUUCAGAUGGAAGUGGGAAAGAAGAGGACGCUUCGAAUUCUGCUUCGGGUUGUUCAGUUCAGAUAAAGGAAGAGAGUAACGUGACGAUAAAACGAGAGGCAGGAGUCGAUGAAGAGGUAGAGACGAUAGAAGUGGGCGAAGGUGAGAAUAAAGGAACGCCUGAUUCUUCUGUUCUGACCUCGCCUACUUUGAAAAAGGAGAAAGACAUUAAAAGGGACAAGGACGUGAAAAAGGAAAUAAAAACGGAACAUCGCGACCCCGCGCAUCGAACGAAGGAUGCUAAAAUUGCCGAGUCAGAACUCGUGCGUGAUCUCAAAGCACAGCUUAAAAAAGCAGUAAACGAAAUGAAGGAAAUGAAACUUCUUCUGGAUAUGUACAAAGGCGUAGGUAAAGAACAACGCGACAAAGUUCAGCUAAUGGCGGCUGAACGUAAAACUAGGGCCGAACUUGAAGAACUCAGGCAGCAAAUUAAAAAAAUUCAGGAGAGUAAGCGGGAAGAAAGGAAGAAGCUGGCAGACGAGGACGCGCAAAUGAAGAUUAAGAAAUUGGAGGAGCAAACGUACAGUCUGCAAAAACAAGUCGCAUCACAGAAGCAGAGUUGCGUGUGGCUUCAGGAGGAGGAAGCUCUUCUCAACGAAAUGGAAGUUACUGGUCAGGCUUUCGAGGAUAUGCAGGAACAAAACUCUAGGUUAAUACAGCAGCUGCGAGAAAAGGACGAUGCUAACUUCAAACUGAUGACGGAGCGUAUUAAGAGUAAUCAACUCCACAAGCUCGCUCGAGAGGAGAAGGAUGUUUUAAAAGAGCAAGUCACGACGUUAACAACCCAGGUGGAAGCUGCUAACGUCGUUGUCAGAAAACUCGAGGAAAAAGAGCGCCUUUUACAAAACUCCUUAGCUACUGUUGAGAAAGAGCUUGCGUUGCGUCAACAGGCGAUGGAGAUGCACAAAAGAAAAGCAAUAGAAAGCGCACAAUCUGCUGCCGAUCUAAAGCUUCAUCUGGAGAAGUACCACUCUCAAAUGAAAGAAGCGCAGCAAGUUGUCGCUGAAAAAACGAGUUCGCUUGAGGCGGAAGCUUACAAAACGAAGAGACUACAAGAGGAAAUAGCGCAACUUCGGCGCAAGGUCGAGCGAAUGAAGAAAAUUGAACUGGCCGAGACUCUAGAUGAGGUAAUGGCCGAGGAGUUACGAGAAUACAAGGAGACCCUGACUUGUCCUUCCUGUAAAGUCAAGCGAAAAGAUGCCGUUCUCACCAAGUGCUUUCACGUUUUCUGCUGGGACUGUUUGCGAACGCGAUAUGAAACGCGACAGCGAAAAUGUCCCAAGUGUAAUUGUGCCUUCGGGGCGAAUGACUAUCAUAGACUAUAUCUCUCCACUUGAGGGAGGCGACGUCGAGUUUAAACAUUCUAAAAUUGCAUUUUGUUCAGAUCCCCAACCUUUGUACAUAAGUCCAUAUCCCGCGAAAAUUCCAAGUCCGUCAAUUUUUCUAUUAUUUUACUUUCGUCCGCGUUCCUUCUUCAUUCUGGACCAUUGCUAACCUAAUCGUGUCGAUUAAGCUAGUUUGUAAUAUAUGGAUUUGUAUAUUCGCAGUAGUAAUUUAAUGAUGCGAGGGAAUGCGCAGUAGAUUUAUUUAUUGUACUUUAUUUUCUAAGACGCGAACUCUGUGUAAAAACAAAAACAAAAAAAAAGGAAAGAAAAGAAAUCGUUCCGAUGCGUCGGAAAACAAAAAGGAACAAAGACGCUCGGCAGCGCGUAUAUGAAGUUAUAGAAGAAAUAAACUUAAUACUUUAAUUUAUA